AGAAGCGGGUGGAGAGGAUACUAAAACCUUUUCAGAAACUAUCGUGUAACCUCAGCUGUGGCGUAGUAGCUCCGUCCUUAAUUUUGCAUAAAUACUUCCAUACACUUCUGUCUUUGUUCUCUUGAGGUAAUACUUGGUCUACCGAUGGGGGUAUGGUUGUAACACUGCAUAUUGUGAAAGGAUGUCUACAGCGGCGUCCUCCAGUGGACAGUACAACUAAAACUAAAAAAUGUCGAAUUACACGAAUGGAGACACAACAGGUGUGGAAGGGAAAGCACCUUUGAUUAAAAGAAAUUUGCAGGAAAUAAUUGGUGAAGAUCGAAUGAAUGAAAUCUUAAAAGAUCGAGAUCUGAAAAUUUAUUGGGGAACAGCCACUACAGGAAAACCUCAUGUUGCAUACUUUGUUCCAAUGACAAAAAUAGCAGAUUUUCUAAAGGCUGGAUGUGAGGUAACAAUAUUAUUUGCUGACCUGCAUGCUUACCUGGAUAACAUGAAAGCACCCUGGGAACUUCUUGAACUACGAACCCAAUAUUAUGAGCAGGCAAUAAAGGCAAUGCUUCAGUCUAUUGGAGUACCUCUAGAGAAACUGAAGUUUGUAAAGGGGUCAGACUAUCAGUUCACAAAGGAGUUUACAAAGGAUGUUUACAGACUUAUGUCUAUGGUAACGGAACACGAUGCUAAAAAAGCAGGAGCAGAAGUGGUGAAACAAGUCGAUCAUCCAUUAAUAAGUAGUCUUCUGUAUCCAGGACUUCAGGCUUUGGAUGAAGAAUAUCUUAAAGUUGAUGCUCAGUUUGGAGGAGUAGAUCAAAGGAAGAUUUUUACAUUUGCUGAAAAGUACUUGCCACAGCUAGGUUAUACAAAGAGGAUUCACUUGAUGAACCCCAUGGUUCCAGGAUUGACAGGAGGUAAGAUGAGUGCAUCAGAAGAAGACUCAAAGAUUGACUUGCUUGACACUCAAGCUACAGUUAAAAAGAAAUUAAAGAAAGCAUUCUGUGAACCUGGCAACAAAGAAGAAAAUGGUGUUUUAGCUUUUGUACAUCAUGUUAUUUUCUCUGUAUUCAAAGAUGAAGAUUUUGUUGUUGAAAGAAAUCCCAAUAAUGGAGGAAACGUGUCCUACAAAGAUUACGAGUCCUUAGAAAAAGACUUCACUGAGUUAAAACUUCAUCCGGGUGAUCUUAAAAUUGCAGUGGAGAAGUACCUCAAUCGACUUCUGGAACCCAUUCGUAAAACAUUUGAGGAUCCUAAACUGAAGAAACUGGCAGCUACUGCUUACCCCGUUUUAGGCAAGAAUGCUUCAACAAAAGGAGGAAAAGUUAACACAGACGAUGAAAUUUCUCCUGUUAGAUUAGACUUGAGAGUGGGAAAGAUAACAGAUGUCCAAAUGCAUCCCGAUGCAGAUAGUUUGUAUGUGUCUCAAGUUGAUGUUGGAGAUGAAGCUGGCCCUCGGACUAUAAUCAGUGGGCUGGCUAAACUAAUUCCGGCUGACGACCUUAUUGGUCGUUUAGUAGUAGUUCUCUGCAACUUGAAACCAGCUAAAAUGAGAGGCAUAGAAUCUCGUGGAAUGAUUCUGUGUGCUUCUGUAGAAGAGCCAAGACAGGUGGAGCCACUACAAGUACCAUUAGACAGUAAUCCUGGAGACAAAGUUUAUGUAGAAGGAUAUGAUAUUCCUAGCAUUCAACCAGAUGAACAACUUAACCCUAAAAAGAAAAUCUGGGAGAAACUACAGGCUGACUUAAAAACUUCACCUGACUGUAUAGCCGAGUGGCAGAACAAUCCGGUCGUGACAAGACGUGGUAAAGUUGUCUGCAAGUCCUUAAAGAGAGCACCAAUAAAAUAAUAAAAGCACUAAGACAAUAACUAGUGUGAACGUGAAAUUACAUAUUUAAACUCAAAUGCCUUUUAGUAAGAAAAACAAAAUGUAGGUACCUCUUCAGUGGCCUAAAUACUAAAGUAAUAUAAUUCUUUACUGUAUUUUAAAAAUACCUUACAAUUUUAAGACUUAAUUCUUCAAAUGCAAUUACAUCAUUUGUUUUAAUAUUUGAAGUACAGAAACUUAUUUCAUUGAUGGUAAAUGUGUAAUAGACCAUUAUGCCCUUAAAUUUCUUUAAUAUAAACACUAAAAAAAAUAUUUAUGAAUGUGUAAAUAUUCUUCAUUCUUAAACGAAACAUAUUUUUUUUCGUCCAAAUCAUUGUGAUUUAAUUGAAAUUAGAAGCAAAGUUAAGAAGAUUACUCUUUAGCAUUUAGCCAUUCUUACGUGACUAAUAGGUGUUAUAAUUUAAACAAAAUGUUUAACUAUAUAUUGGUUGUAGUAAAUAGCACUGCUGGAUCUUACAAUCGUACCAAACUCUGUUGUUCUUGAAAUAGCUAGAAAUGGGAUCUUCUUAUUUUUACUUUAUGAAUAAAAUGUUACUUUUCAAUACAUAUAUAGAUCUUGAAAGCUCAAUUAUCAAUAGAAAUGUGAAGUAAACAAUGGGUUAAUCACAUUCCAAUGUAGGAGAUAUGCUAAUGUUAACAUUGCUCGUUACAGAUAACUAAAAGUAGGGUUGUUAAUACAAUAUUCUGAUGUAGAAAUCUGUGAUGGAUUAUGUUGAGAAAGAAGAAAAAUCAGAUAUGUCUGGUUUAGUUAACUUCAGUGGUUCAUGAAUUGCAGUAUCGUUACUAUUGAAAAGGAGUUAAUCUAAUUUCUACAAUGUAAAGUUGUAUUCACUGAAUACAGAUCUAUAUUGUAUAAAAACUGGCUAUGAAGAAACAUCAGUGCUUCCUUAUUUUGCAUUUAAAUAUUUUCUUUACUGAUUAGAUAUUUUGAAUAAAAUUAAGCCCACAUGUGAUACUGUAAUAUUUUUAGUUAAGAAAAUAUUUAAAUAGUUUCAGCCACAGACAUUUCAGUUACAUUAUAACAAAUUUGUUUUUAUAAUUAUCAUGUUCAAACAUAAGUUUACAGAGUUAAGAAUUAUGAUAAUACACAUUUCUGUCAAAUGGUUAAUAUUUGCAUUAGUGGAGAUCUGUGACCCACACUUUGACUCGUAUAUAGUCUAAUAGUGGUGAUGUUUUGUACCGGACAUAGCUAACCCAUAUUUUCAACCAGUCAUUUGCACGUACUGUAUUCAGUUUUUAUAUUGGUUAACAUUUGUACAGAUGGUUAUCCUUGUACUUUAAAAAAGCUGACUUUUUUUAUCUUUGUCAAUGAUAGUUGCUAAUUAACAACGUAGCUUGUAAGGAAUGUAAAAGAUCAAAGGAACUAUAUUCAUGCAUCUGUAAUGAGUAGAACUAGGUCAAGGUGUGAAUCUAUUCAUAACCAUACCUAUUUAUUCUUUAACUUUUUGUACAGGUUAGUGGUGGGCUCUUACAUGUUUCAUCAUCAGACUAAUAAAUUUUUGUUGGGUAUGAA